AGGAAGACAGAGAUAGACAGAAAUAGAGAGGGAAACAUUGACCUGCUGUUCCACUGAUCUAUGCAUUCAUUGACUGCCCUCUGCAUUUGUCCUGAAGGGAGAUCAAACCUACAACCUCAGGUUGCGGCCAAAGAUAUUUCUUUUAUAAUUCAUGCCAACAAACUGAGUCCUUUGAUGUGUUGUGGGGAGUUCACAGAUGUUACAUGGACUUUUGUGGUUUUUUAAAACAAAAUUUUCCAGCGAUUUGUAUAGAAAAGGCCACCAGCAUCAGUGGCUGAUAGAGGUUGCUGCUGUGGAGCAGAGAAUGUGGAGGCACCUUUUGAAGAGAACAUUUCUGUAAGAGUGUCACAGGCAAUGAAUCCCAAGUUAGCUUUGUCUUCCCAGAAAAGCCACCCCUGUGAGAGUUGUGGACUAGUUUUGAGAAACAUUUUCCACUUGACUCAUCAGCAGGCAUUACAACACAGGCAGAUACUGUUGAGGUGUGGGGCAUGUGCAAAACAAUUUUAUUUCAGUGCACAGUUUCACCAGCACCAGCAGCAGCACUUGAGAGAGAAGCCUUUGAUAAGAGGUGUGAACAGUGUCUCACUUGAAAACAGCUGCAAUUUCAAUGUGUUUCAGAACCUUUUUACCUGUGGAGAGGUGGAGCAGGACAUCCUUAGCACUGCAGGCCAUUUCCAGCAAAAGGAUACUCAGAUCAGUGACAAGCCAAAUGGUAUCUCAAUGUGUGGGGUGACAUAUCAAGGGAAAAAUAAUUAUUUUACUACAAAAGAAAGUAAGAAAGCCAUUGACUAUAACUACACGUCUAUUUGGGACAACAGUGUCCCUACUGGCAAAGCAUAUUUCUGUUGCCCUGAAUGUGGAAAAUAUUUUGCCCAAUUUUCUACUUUUUGUUACCAUCAGAGAUUUCAUGCAGAAAAGAAGCUUUAUGAGCACAGUGAAUUUGGGGAUUCUUUUACCAAUAUUACUGGCCUCCUUUCUCAUCAGAGAUGUCACAAAGGUGAAAGGCCUUAUCAAUGUAUUGAAUGUGGAAAAUCUUUUACCAGGAUGUGUUUUCUUCGUGAUCAUCAGAUAGUUCACACUGGGAAAAUGCCUUAUGAGUGCAGUGAAUGCGAAAAAUCUUUUACCUGUAAAAGUGGCCUCCGUUACCAUCAGAUGAGAGUUCACACUGGAGAAAGGCCUUAUGAGUGCAAUGAAUGUGGGCAAUCUUUUGUCAGUAGUAGUGGCUUCCGUUAUCAUCAGAAAUUGCACGCUGGAGAAAGGCAUAAGUGCAAUGAAUGUGAGAAAUCUUUUAACAGUAUCUAUCAUCUUCGUUAUCAUCAGAGAGUUCAUACUGGAGAAAGGCUUUAUGAGUGCAGUGAAUGUGGGAAAUCAUUUAUUCAGAAACAUGGCUUCCAAUGUCAUCAGAGAAUUCACACUGGAGAAAGGCCUUAUGAGUGCAGUGAAUGUGGGAAAUCAUUUACUCGGAAUAAUGUCCUUAAUCGUCAUAAGAGAAUUCACACUGGGGAAAAGCCUCAUGUGUGCAGUGAAUGCGGGAAAUCUUUUACCUGUGGAAGUAGCCUCCGUUACCAUCAGAUGGGAGUUCACACUGGAGAAAGGCCUUUUGAGUGCAAUGAAUGUGAGAAAUCUUUUACCAGUAGUAGUGCCUUCCGUCGUCAUCAGAAAAUUCACACUGGAGUAAGGCCUUAUGAGUGCAAUGAAUGUGGAAAAUCUUUUAUCAGUGGUAGUAGCUUCCGUCGUCAUCUGAGAGUUCACACUGGAGAAAAGCCUUAUGUGUGCAGUGAGUGUGGGAAGUCAUUUACCACCAAGUAUUGCCUUAGUUGUCAUCAGAAAAUUCACACUAGAGAAAGGCCUGAUGAGUGUAGUUAAUAUGGGAAAUCUUUUAUCCAAAAUUCUAACCCUACUCCCCACAUAAGAGUUCACAUUGGAGGAAGGUCUUGGAUAUGUAGGAAAUGUAGAUUAUUUUGUUCACCCAUAACAAUACUAUAAGAAACUCCAUGAGGCCCUAUUUGUCUGAACUGAAUCUCAUGCACUGCAACAUCAAGAGUAGGGAGAUUCCCAAUAAAUUUGAGUGCCGUGAAUAUCAUGUGUGUGUAUUUUGAACUUAUUUUUUAAACUUUUUAUUAAUUUCAGAGAGGAAGGGUGAUGGAGAGAGAAAUAGAAACAUCUGUGAUGACACAUAGUCAGCUCCAUCAUGUGCAUCCUUUACUGGGGGUUGACCAUGCAACCGGGACAUGUACCUUGAAUGGGAACCCACUGAGCCACAUGUGUAUGUUAUAAUUUGUUAUUUACACAGGUGUCUUGCCAGUUCUAUGUCCCUGCAUCAUUUUUUUUCUUCUACACCUGUGUCCUAUCACCAGGUUCACAACCUCUGUCAAUUUUUUAAAUAUAUUAUUGAUUUCAGAUUGGAAGGGAGAAGGAGAGAUGGAAACAUUA